AUGGAGUAUGAUAACGUUUUCCUGAGUGUUGCACAAAGCUGUGACAAUGGAGUACAGGGAUUGCUGGACGCCUUUUUCGGCUUCCUUUCCAGACGAACAGAUUUUUAUUAUGGAGCUACUGAAAAAGAUGCGAAGCGUUUAGUUCUUGAGAAUUUUGCAAAACACCGGGAUGCUGCCUUAGCACGUCGUGAAGAAGAGAAGAAAGAAUUACAUGAACGAGAUGAACGCGAACGUAAACGAAGAGAAGAAAAAAAGAAAGAAGCCAUUAAGGCGAAUCUUGCCCCUCCAAAGGAGUUAAGCAAAACUGAUAAUUUAAACGGUACAAGUGAGGAGCCGUCAGACAUGCCCACACUACCACAAACGGAAGCAAAACCAUCACUUGAGAAAAGUGAUCUGCCUAAACCAAUCAAAGUUGGUUCGUCUCCUGAUGAUGAAGAAGAUGAGGAGGACAAGGGAAAAUUGAAACCGAAUGAAGGAAAUGGUGCAGAUCUGCCAAAUUAUAGCUGGACUCAAACAUUGAGCGAUGUUGAUAUUAAGAUUCCAACACGUUUACCACAUUCCAUCAAAUCUCGCGAUGUCUAUGUUGAAUUUACCAGAAAGCACAUCAAAAUUGGUUUAAAGAAUCAGGAGCCCAUUUUAGCUGGGAAUUUGUAUAAUGAAAUUAAGGUUGAGGAAUGUGUAUGGAGUCUCCUGGAUGGGAUCACUAUACUCGUCCACCUAGAGAAAUCUAACAAAAUGGAAUGGUGGAGUCGUAUCUGUGAUGGUGAACCAGAAAUGAAUACACGUAAAGUUCAACCGGAAAAUUCCAAACUCUCUGAUUUAGACGGCGAGACUCGAUCUAUGGUUGAGAAAAUGAUGUAUGAUCAACGUCAAAAAGAGCUUGGUCUGCCAACAUCCGAAGAUCAGAAAAAACAAGAAAUGUUGAAAAAGUUUAUGGCUGCUCAUCCUGAAAUGGAUUUUUCUAAAUGUAAAUUUUCUUAA